GGUGGGCUCGGGGCGCUGCAGGGCACCGGGCAGGGGCGGGGACGCUGGGGGAGGAUGGCCCUGGUGGGACCGGGGUGGGGAUGGGGGCACCGAGCGGGGCGGGGUCACCAGGGGAGGAUGGCCCUGGUGGCAUCCACAGGGGACCGCAGGGCAGGGCAGGGCAGGGGGGAUGUUGGUCGUGGUGGGAUCGGCACUGGCACAUCACCCCGGGGAUGGGGGGCUGGGGGAAGCCCCCAGAUGUAUGUCGUGCCCCAUGUGAGGACCUGGCAUGGGGUGGGGCACAGCCCGAGGUAGGGGCUGGGGUGAGGGUGACCCCACUCGUGUCUGUGCCAUGUCCAGGGGCUGUGGCUGCGGGGACCGUCCCAGUUUGGAGCACAUGGGUGCCCCGUGGGGUUUAGGGACACUGGAGCACCCAUACACAGGAAUGCUCCCUCUGCCCUGUACCCCCAAGGCCUAAGGGUGGGGAGAGGCUUUCUCCCGCAUGUCCGUCCAUCCCGGUGGUGAGUCCGUCUGUCCUCUGUCCACCGCAGGCUCGCCAUGGCCCUGCCCCGCACGCUGGGGGAGCUGCAGCUGUACCGGGUGCUGCAACGCGCCAACCUGCUGGGCUACUACGAGACCUUCAUCCAGCAAGGGGGGGACGACGUGCAGCAGCUCUGCGAGGCGGGCGAGGAGGAGUUCCUGGAGAUCAUGGCGCUGGUGGGCAUGGCCACCAAGCCCCUCCACGUCCGCCGCCUCCAGAAGGCCCUGCGCGAGUGGGCCUCCAACCCGGGGCUCUUCAGCCAGCCCGUCUCGGCCGUCCCGGUCAGCAGCAUCCCGCUCUUCAAGCUCUCCGAGGCCGGCGGGCGCAAGGCGCUCAGCAACGGGCACGCCAGCCCCGGCGAGGCCGCGGGCAAGGGGGGUGGCAGCGCCGGGACGCCCCCAGCCCGCAGCCCCACGGAGCCAGGGGAGAAGCUGUCGCCGUCAGCGGCUCCGCCGUGGCCGGGGAGGAGCACCCCCGAGUCGGAGGGCGGAGGGGAUGAGGAGCCGGGGGGUCCCCCCUUCUCCCCGGGCGGGAGCAGCGGGGAGCAGGCGGUGGGCACGGAGCUGGAGCCGGAGUUGGCACGGACGGUGGUGGAGAGCGUGGAGAGGCUGCUGCAGAGCUGCCCCCGGGGCGGCGAGGCCGAGCUGAGGGCGCUGAUGAAGCUCAACAAGAAGCUGGCCAAGGCUGUGGGGCACAUCUUCCAGCUGGAGGACGGUGACCGGCAGAAGGAGGAGGAGAUCCGCCGGCACAGCGCGAUCUACGGCCGCGGCGAGGCCCGGCGCCGCGAGGGCAAGCAGCUCACCCUGCACGAGCUCAUCAUCAACGAGGCGGCCGCCCAGUUCUGCCUGCGGGACAACUCGCUGCUGCUGCGGCGCGUCGAGCUCUUCUCGCUGUCGCGGCAGGUGGCACGGGAGAGCACCUACCUGUCCUCGCUCAAGGUCGCCAGGGCCCAUCCCGAGGAUGGCGGUGCCGUCGUGGCCAAGCGGCUCAAGCAGGAGGCGGGAGAGCAGAGCCGCCCGGAGCUCCUGGCGCUGCCGGUGGGGCUGGAGCCCCCCGGGGCCGGGUACCGAGCCAGCUUGGAGGAGGACACGGGCAGCCUCUCCGGGGAGAGCCUCGACGGCCACUUGCAGGCGGCGGGGGCCUGUCCCCGGCUGACCCCUCCGCCCGGUGCGGCCCCGGACGUGCCCCUCGGCCUGGCGCCCCACGGGCUCUGGAGCCGCCACAUCCUCCAGCAGACGCUGAUGGACGAGGGGCUGCGCCUGGCCCGGCUGGUGUCGCACGAGCGCGUGGGGCGGCUCAGCCCCUGCCUGCCGGGGAAGCCCCCGGGACCAGAGUUCGAGGAUGGGCUGGCGGAACGGGGUCCUGCGGCCCCCCCAGACCCCCCUCGGGGUACAAUCAAAGUGGAGCAGGAGACCAGCAGGCAGUGAGGCCCCCGUAGCCCCCCCGCCACCAUUAACGAAGCAAUAACGUGCUGGGGGACGGGUGCGGCGGCGCUCCGGGCCCGGGGAGCUUGGGGAUUGGGGCGGGGUGGGGGUCUCAACCACAGCCCCCCCCCGCCCCCCC